AUGAUAUACGUUUCCACCGUGUUCGUGAUGGCGCAUUAUGGUGAGGGCUAUCAUGCAUGGGAGCUCACGAAAGAAUCGUAUCAAGAAGUGAUGAGAUGGCUGUACGCCAGCUCCAUUGUCUACUGCCCGGCAGCAUACUUUACGAAGGUUACUUUACUCUUACUCGAAGCACGAGUCUUUGCCGUGCACGAGCGAGUUUCACGCGGGAUCAAAGUCUUCAUCGUCACCCUACUUAUCUGCUAUAUCCCAAUUCAGACACUCAAGACUGUCAUCUGCUUGCCGGUGUCAGCCUUUUGGAACCCCAAGACACCAAAUCCGAGAUGCUUGAAUCAACGCAAAAUUUUCAUUGCGGAUCUGAGCCUGGCGAUCAUCACAGACUUCUUCAUCCUCGUGCUCCCGGUACCAUUGUUAUGGGGGUUGCGCAUGCCUUUGCGGAAGAAGCUGAAAGUUGCCGCGCUACUUGGAGCUGGAGGUAUUGCGACAGCUGUGACUGUCUAUCGCAUGUAUCUCGUCGUUCAAUUUCUCGCUUCGACAGAUGUCACUGCGGACUUUGUUGUUUUGGACCUUAUCACAGCACUGGAACUUGUCAUCGGCGUCGUUUGUGCUUGUUUACCCUCCACCAACCUCCUCUACGAACGGGUACGAAAGGGAGAAGGAAAGCCGAUGGGCCAUCUGCCACGGACUGUGGGUGAUCUCAAGAAAGGGAGCAGUUCAAGCUCAUCUUACUGGCGCAGUAUAUUGCCGAAUAAGCAACUGAGGACUACGCGCACGGCCGUUACCGUAGGAGAACGUACUGCAAUAAGUCAAACGGGCCCCGCCAACUUCGAUACCGAACUCGCGGUCCUCACUGGUCAGCCGAUGGGAAUGAGGCCAUUGACGGAAGAGACAGCUAGGAAGUCGGAGCAGACUGCCGAAGACUGGACCUACAACCCAAGAGCAAAUUCAAUGGACGGAAGGAGAGAAGGAUGGCUGGCGCAGGGUGGCGAGAGCUCAGCACCAGGGUGUUCAGGGUACAGGGUACCCAACUGGCAAAAUCACGAUAUGGAGGCCAGAAAGUCUUGGGAGGCUGUGUGGGAAAAGGCCAUACCUCCGGAGGGGUUAUCCUCGAUACCUGAAGAUGACGGUCCUCCCCGAUUGCAGCUAGCAAAACAUCCACCACCAGACUGGGAGCACCUAACAAAGAAAGCCACAGUCGAGAGAAAAAUAUGCAGGGACAUUCAGAUGAAGCUCGUGAGGGACGGUCUCGAUCGACUACUCUAUAAAUCCAAGCUUGAUGAAACUUUCCGAUCAAAAAUACAAGUCUUGUUAUCUGUUGUAGACAUAAUUGAGUCGAUGAGGCAAUAUAAACUUUCUCAAACGCUGAUGCAGCUUCAUGUUCUGACUUCUGAAGAGGGAGAGCCUUGGGAACACUUGCUUUCAAUGCGAACAAGCAUCGACUUUCAUGAAAAAAACAUUCCUCUCCCAGAAAUCGAUAAAGACCUGGCUUCUAUGUGUCGUUGCAAAUCCAAUUUGAAGUCGUCUUAA